GCGGAGCUUGUGAUCUGCCAGCAGUUUGUAUGGAGAGAUUAUACAGAGCAGAAUUCCACACUCUCACUUCAUUGGAGGCCAAAUAUACCCAUUUUAGCUAGAAACACGCCCUUCAUUCGCACCUCUGUCUUUUAAUUUUUUUCUGUAUUUCCAUAUAUAUUUCCCCAUUCCCGCCCCUUAAUAGAAGAAGAAGAGGAGGAGGAGGAGGGGGGCGGCAGCAGGACAAUCUGAACGAGGGCGAGGUCUUCUUCACUUAAACCGGAAUUAAAAAUAAUAGCGAAGGAUAAUUUAAGAAGAAUCAAUUCCGCUGGAGGGGUCCUGACUCUUCCUCCCCCUUCCAGGUGAUGCCCUCUGAUUUCAUCUCGCUCCUCAGCGCGGAUCUGGAUCUUAAUUCGCCCAAGAGUUUGUAUUCCAAAGAAUCUGUGUAUGACCUCCUGCCAAAAGAGCUGCAGCUUCCAACAAGUGAGACAAGUAUUGCAUCAAUGAGUCAGAAAAGUGGUGGUGAGGCAACAUCUCCUCCUUCAGCUGCAGUUGCUCCUGAUGUCUCCUCCAGCGGUGGUCAAAGCAGCACCUUCACCCCAUCUUCCAAUCCUAGCAUGCAUUCUACCUCAAUAACUGACAACACAUCUAUGCAAGUAGAUAGCUGCACUCCAGAACAGGGGGUAAGUGGCCAUGGGGUAAGUGAAUUACUGAGCUAUGAAAAUCAGUUAAGUAAUGCCCCACAGCUGCAGUCCACACCCAAAAGGAGGACAGUACUCAACAUCUCUCCACCACCCGAAGACUUGCUCGAUGACAGCAGGAUGUCUUGUCAGGAUGAUGCAGGUGACUCGGAACAGAGCAGCAAUAUUUGGAUGGAUGAAUCAGGCUCCAACUUCAGCAUCAUGAGUUCCAGUUCAUACAAUGACAACACAACAGUGCCACGGAAGUCACGGAAACGUUCACCUAAACAACGACCAGGCUUUGUGCGUGUGGAUGAUGAAGAGUCGAAUAUGGAUGUCUUUGAUGCAGACAGUGCAAAAGGACCCCAUUAUGUACUUUCUCAACUCACCUCAGAAGGCAAAAACAGCUCAAAGGGGAGCAAUGGAACAACGGAACCACCGAAAACUACUUUAAAAAAGGGCCCAGCACUAACUGGUCACUAUCCUGGUAAAAGUGAGGGCAAAGAACUCAAGGUACUGGUUCAACCUGAGACACAGCACAGGGCACGGUACUUGACGGAGGGUAGCCGUGGCUCUGUGAAAGAUCGGACGCAACAGGGUUUUCCAACAGUAAAGUUGGAAGGUUACAACGAGCCAGUAAUCUUACAAGUUUUUGUUGGCAAUGACUCUGGCCGAGUCAAACCUCAUGGUUUUUACCAAGCUUGCAGAGUCACUGGGCGAAAUACUACACCUUGCAAGGAGGUAGAUAUUGAAGGAACAACUGUGAUUGAGGUCAGCCUGGAUCCUGGAAAUAACAUGACACUAGCGGUUGAUUGUGUGGGAAUUUUAAAACUCAGGAAUGCUGAUGUUGAAGCACGAAUUGGAGUUGCAGGAUCCAAGAAAAAAAGUACUCGUGCACGUUUGGUGUUCCGAGUGAAUAUUGUUCGUGCUGAUGGGUCUACUUUAACUCUACAGACCCCUUCAUCAUCCAUCCUAUGUACUCAACCAGCAGGAGCACCAGAGAUCUUGAAAAAAAGCUUGCAUACUUGCACAGUGAAGGGAGGAGAAGAGUUGUUCCUGAUUGGAAAAAACUUUUUGAAAGGCACAAAGGUUAUUUUUCAAGAGAAUAAUUCAGAUGAGAAUAGUCCUUGGAAAGCAGAAGCUGAAAUUGACAUGGAACUUUUCCACCAGAAUCAUCUUAUUGUUAAAGUUCCUCCAUAUCACAAUCCACAUAUAACGUCACCAGUUUCAGUUGGAAUAUAUGUCGUAACCAAUGCUGGAAGGUCACAUGAAGUGCAGCCUUUUACUUUCACACCUGAUCUAGCAAACUCCUCAGAUGUCAGUGUGAAGAAAGAAAUUCCUGUACAGCCAUGUUCCUUUGAAGAAGCAAUGAAAGCUUCAGGAAUGAAAGUCACAGGCUGUAACUUGGAUGAAGCGAAUCUUCCCAGUGCCUUGUUAUCACCCCUUCUGCCUUCUGUUGUGGUAAAGAAAGAGGCAAUGACUCCAAUGGAUGUGGUAUCGAAUCAGGCACCAUCUACAGUUUUUAAAACUCAAGAGAUGGGGGCAGGACAGCAACCUUUGGAAAUCUCUUCAAAUGUCAAGGCAGGGGUCCCAUUCUCUGCAUCUGCCUCUCAUCAAGGGGGAGACAGUGAACAGCGCCAGCAAAUUCAACCAAAUAUGUUUCCAAGUACAGAUCCCUUGACUACUGUACAGAAACAAGAUAUUUCUCAGCCAUGUACUUUUCAAGCAUCAAAAUGUUCCAGCCAGCUCCAGAAUAAUGAAGGUUUGCUUCAGCAAACAACCCAGUUUCACAAUGCUCACAUAUUGCUAGAUUCAAGGGAGGUACAACCAAGAGAAAUUUUGCAGUCUGGUGCAGCCAAAUUAUCUUUAUCCCAAUUGCCUGAGUCUGCACUGCAGCAAAAGCAACAUCAGCAGAAACAACAACAACAAUCACAGACACAGGCACUGCAGGAGCAUUCACCCAACGUAUUUCAACCAAGCGGCAACAUGUCACAGUUGCAGAAUGCUUUGCAUUCUAUGCAACCAGGAAACUUUCAAACAAAUGCCGACAAUGGCAGAAGUGACAAUGUUAGUCUUGUUCAACAGGCUUUGGAUGCUACUCAGCAACAGUUGACCUCUGUGUUAUUUACUGGAUCUGGCCCAUCCGAGUCAAUGCAACAGCCUGUGGAACAGUUGCAAGACCAGAUGAAUGCAGAUCUGUUCCAUCAAGUAAAUGCUAUGCAGAGCAACCUCACUCAAGGUCUGUUCUCGAGUUCAGACAACUCAUCGCUCCCUAGGUCCGACGGUGUUCUCUCUGGACCUGAGAAUUCAUUGUCAAAUCAACAAGUGUUAGAGUCCUCAACAGGCAUGUUGAUGGAAAUGCAACAGAACAUUUGCCCUGGCUCAGGACAACUCCAGUCUGACAUGUACCAGUCCUCUAAAGUAAUGAGUGUCCAAGGUUCUUUAAAUGGAAACCUCCAACAAGCUGAUAUUUUUCAGCAGACCACUCAUGUUAUGUCUGGUUUGCAGUCCAAUGAUGAAAACCAGCAUCAAAUAUCCCAUGGUGGAUUGUUUUCACCCACUACAACCGUUGCAGGAAAUGAAAACAAAGGGAACCCUCAGCAGCAAACUUCUUCCUCAAAUGUCUUUCAGUGUUCUAACUCUAUGGUUACUGUGGAGGAGGCCUCAGUGCAGGCAAGUCAAAGACAAACAAAUAUGUUUGAGUCUAUUGUGCAGAUGCAGCAGAGUGGAGACAGUCAGCCUCAAGUAACUUUGUUUUCUAAUUCUGAUGGGAUGAUGCAUGUCAAAACCGGUGGCUCUUCGCAGCAAUCUGGGAUUUUUCAGCAGGGUGGGGAAAUGAUGUCGAUGCAACCUGGAAACUUUUUGCAGCAAUCUCAUCCAUCAUCUGAACUGUUCCAUCCACAAAAUUCCCUAAAUCAAGUUCAAAGUGCAGCCCGUUCACAAGAAUCACAGUCUGGACUUUUUCAUUGCUCGAGCACUGUCCUACAACAUCAGAACACUGCUGCUUCCCAGGAUCAAGUACAAUCAGCAUUGUUUCAUUCUCAAAACUCACUGGCAGUUCUUCAUGGCUCCUCAAUUGGCCAAGACCAGCAACAAAGCACUCUUUUUCUUUCUCCAAACUCAUUGCCUUCACUUCAAGAUAGCAACAUGUCACAAGAAAAGCAACAGAUAAGUUUUUAUUCACCACAGAGCUCGAUUGGAACACUCCAGAGUUCAGGAAAUCCUGAGCAGCAAUCUGUGAAUGUCUUUCAGACCCAGACACAAAUGCCUCAGAUUCAGAGCACCAUGAUUCCUCAAGAGCAGCAACAUCAACAACAGCAGCAGAGCCUUUUCCAACAUCAGGUCACUUUGUCCUCUUCCCAGACUAACACUUCUCCACAAAAUCAGCAAGCAUCAAUCUUUCAGACCCAACACACAAUAGCUACACUUCACAAUAGCACUUCGUCUCAAGACCAACCUCAGAAUGUUAUUUUUAACUCUCAAAAUACAAUUUCUCCAAUAAAUAGCAACAUGACUUCCCGGGAACAACAACAGAAUGUGCUUUUCAAUUCUCAGAAUACCAUGCCUCCGAUGAAUACAAAUUUGGCUUCCCAAGAGCAGCAGAACCAAACUCUCUUUCAUACUCGGCCUAAUAUGGUAUCAGUUAAUCAAGAACAGCAACCAUCCAUGCAAUUCCAAAAUCAGACUUCAGUUUCUUCACUUCAAAAUAGUGGGACACCUCAGGGAGAUGAGCAACAGUCAUCAGUUUUUCAUGGCCAACCUCAAAUGCAAUUGGUUCAAAGUUCAGGAGAUUCCCAAGAUCAACAGGUCACAUUGUUCAUUUCCCAAACUUCAAUGUCUGCAUUACAAAAUGAUAUGAAUCAACAAGAGAUACAACAGUCCACUAUUUUUAAUCCUCAAAAUAAUGUGCCUGUCCUUCAGACCAACGCGUCUGUAACGGGUCAGCAACAGAGUACACUUUUUCACCCACAAAGAACUAUGAAUCAGCUUCAAAGUACACCUGCAUCAGCUCAACAACCGACUGGCUUGUAUUUGUUUGGAAUUCAAAAUGAUUGUGGACAGUUAAUGAGCAUAACGAAUGUACCCCAGCCAUGCCCUACUGGACCAUCUACUUUGUCUGAUCAACUCCUCGUGAUAAGCCAGCCAGGGCAGGCACAGACUGAAGGACAAGCCGUUUCUACACUUCUCCCACAGCAGAUGACUGACACAAGGCAACUAUCGUCUACCAUUACUGCUGAACAGAACAUGGAGAAGAUUGAUGACAUCCUCGUGACUUUACAGAACCAGGGAAGCAACAUCAGCCGAACUUUUAAUCCAUAGAGUAUUUAUACAAUGCAAGUUUAAGAAGAUAUGAAGAAACAUCGAACUUUGUGAAACUAGAAUGCUAUCAUAUGAAGGGAAAGCAGAUUAUAUAAUUGUGCUAUGAAGGAAAAGUUAAAGCAUUGAUAUUGCUUAUAUCCAUUUCAGCUUUUAAGCCAGUCAUUGUCCUCCAUUUGUAAAUCAUUACACUUCAUGAAACUUCAUUAUCCAGUGCACUUUUGAGCGCAUAAAUGCAAAUUUUUAAUAACUUGAUUUCUUAGCAUUUCACCCUAGAAGGUAAGCUAUCUAAUAGAGUGCAAAUCGACAAUUAAUCAACUUUCUAUAUCUUAAAAUGCUUUGCCAUAAUUGCAAUUAGGCAACAUCUAUUAUGAUAGUCAGUAAACCCAUGAUAAUUGAAGGUCAGCUAAGAAAUUUUAAGAAUACUGACAACAAAUUAAGGAAAUUUGUUAUUUCAGCCAGAAAAAUACUCCAUCAGCACCACCCACCAAAGCAUUCAAAUCCAUGGCAUAAUAAAAGACAGUGCACCCUGGCAACACAGCUGCAAGAUGUAGCACAGGCCAGGAGAUACACAAGUCUACUCAUCUGGGAUAGGAUCCAGUUGAGCAAUAAUGGAGACACUCUGCAAAUAGAUACAAGGAUUUAAUUCUUUGUCUAUCCUGAAUUUUCUUUUACAUCUGUAACCCCAGUGAAUGUAUACAAAGGAUGUCGGAAGGUUAGCAAUCUCUCUUUUCCUCCCCUUUAGGCCUACAGAACUUUGUUCUACUGGUGUAUUGUAAGCUCAGGAAUGAAUCUUGAGUUGACUUUCUCAUAGUCUGUUUUAACUGGUAAGCUUAAGAACAAAAGAGAACUUACCGCAUGUUCCUGUCAGGGAACACCACUCUUAAAUUGAGCAGCUCUUGAAAGGGCAGAGCUCACUAAGUCCAUCAAUAGGUGACUGCAGCUUAGUCUACCUGUGAAUAUGGAAAGAAGUGGCUUCCUUGACAUGAGAGGUGACAUUGCAGUUUUGCUGCAUGUCACUGUAUUAUAACAUACAGAGUUUCUGGAGCACUAUGUCAGGUUUAGCUGCAUUUGAUCAUUUUGGUUAACUCCUCCCUGUGUUGCUUCCAAUCCUGUCCUCGAACAGAGCUCUCUUCCAGUUACUUUCAUAGAGUGUGUGUGAGAUGCAUUCAUUAGUCCAUAAAGGGAAAAUAAUUUUUUUGAUCUCUUUACCUUGAGCCUGUUAAUUUUAAACCAAAGUCCUCUAUACCUGUGCUCGUUGUCUGUAGCCUAUUCCAUCUGCAUUGUACGGUUAUCUUCUCAACAGCAAUCAAAUAGAUGACCUUUCCACUCAUUAACAGAGGAUAGUCUAUCUGGCAGCAAUUAAGUAAUCCGUUAUCUCGGUUGAGUACGUCUAUAGUGUCACUUGUUUAGUAAAGGACCUGUAAAUUCCUCCUCUUGUUUGCUAGUUAAUCUGAAUUUUCGGGCCAUCCGUCCACCAGAUGUGUCACUUAAGAAUCAGGAGGCAAAGUUUAAAACUUUUAACAACACAACACCCUAGUUACUGAUUAGUCUACAUUCACUUUUACAGGAUUACAAGACUAGAAGAGAUCACUGUUUAUGUAAGCAGUCUCAUAGAGACCCACUAGCUGGGUCGCCUGCUGAGAAAGUACAUGCUUGGAUGGUUACACCUGUGUCCACUUGCAGGGAUUGCCAUCUUUCCUGCUUCUGGAUGCCGAGAUUAAAUAUAUGUCAGUGUUGCUUAGCAAACAAACAUGGCAUAAUAUCCUUGAUUUGCACUGAAUCACCAGGAUUGACAUUGAGGAAUGGGAUGCAUGGUGAUCUGUAUUCAUCUCAAUAGCAAUCAGAGUUAAACCUGGUGCAUAUGUAAUUUGAACAACCAGGAGAUCCAACAUGGUGCCCUCCAUGUCCUCCCUAAAUUUAGAAUGGUGUAAUUUACAAUAGUGAAUGCAGUGAUUAAUGGAGGGCUCCCUUCAAAUAAUUCUAGUAACCAUCAAGUAAUUCAAGAGUGCACUUUCUUCAUUUGGAACCUCUCUCCCUGAUAUAAAUAGUAGGUGCCUUAUUUUACAGCUGUCUGAGUGCCAUUCUCCUUGUCUGUAAAGUUGAAAAAUGGAGGGCAAAAGCAUGAGGUGUAUUCGGGUUAGAGGACUGUGCUGGCAGCACCAUUUGUUUAUUUCAUGUGCCUCCUACAGGGCUCGGAUCUAACCAUCCACUCUAUCUAUUGAAGAAAAUUUUAUUUUUUGUUUCUCUGACACAGUGGGAUUCCCAGUAUUUUGAUACUCUUGUGAAAUAGUACUACUUAUGGAGUUGUACUUCAACCCACUCAAUUACUUUCUUCCUCUGAAUUUUUUUAUUGAAGUGUUAGGGGGUUGCAUGCAACUUUUCUUUUGCACAGUCUAUACAAGAUGUGGUUCUUGAUUUUAGUAACUGAUUAUAGCUUGGUAUAGAGGCCAAAUGAUUAAUUAUACAUUUAUGUGUCUGAAAAGAUGACAUUCUGAAACUAAAUGCAACAUCUGCAGUGAUGAAAGGUAAAAGCACUUUGUGUAUAUAUUAUAUAUGUAUAUCCGAUUAUUGUCUGGAAAUGUGACUGACUUAGAGGCUCAAUUUAUAGAUCUUUAUGAACUUUUUAAUCCCGUAAAUUUAAUGUCAGAUUUUGUUUGCUGUUAUAUAAUAGCAACAGUUAGCAUUCUCUGUUAGAAUGCAAAUUAAAAUUGGAUUUGGAUACAGUAUUAAUCUUGUAAUGUUAAUAUAUACCAAAGUAUAGAUGUAUUCCAUAGCUUUAUACUUUUCUAGUUUUAAGUAUACUUGCAAUAGCUACUUAAGUAUUGCACAAAUCUAAUGUAAAUAUUGCAUUUUUGCUACAGUUAAAUAUUGGCUUAACAUCAUGUUGCCAGUCAGUAUUAAGUUACAGGUGGCAAGGCAGGUUCCUUUGUUACAAGGUACUUUUACAGAAAUCUGGGAAGAAGUGGCAAAAUGUCUCAUUGAGGAUACUUGGCCAUUAAAUCUACCCUCCCCCAAUUAAAAAAAACACAACUUACUGCAAAAUUUAACUACCAUGAUGUCACUUUUUAGCAGAAAUUAUUGACAGUUAUUAGACCCUAACACAAAAUGAAUGCUUAUUGAUCUAGACCCAAUAAUAGAUCUUUAUUGAGAGUGGACGUGGGGUACAUUGUACAUAAAGGACAAACAUAUCUGAGUGAAGCAGAAAUGGAUGUAAGACAAUACUUGAGAGGACUGUAUAUUAACCAACAAACAGCCUUGCUUUUCAUUUUUUGCUGCACUCUAUUAGCACUUCUACUGAGAUGAGCUGGAUAAUGUAUGCGAAACAGCUAUUUUUCCUUUGGAAAUAUAAAGCUUUUGGUCAAAAUCUUGGCAAAUGUUCUCCAACAGUGGAGUUUCCAGGACUUUAGUCAGCAAAUAUUGUGACCGGUAAUUCCCCUUAAUGUUUAAGUAAUGUUUUUUUCUAUCAAAUGUCCACAGUACUUCUUGAAGUAUUUAUGUUUAUAAAAAAUUAGUUAAUUAUAUAAUUAUUCUUUCUGUUUACUGUAAAUAUUUAAACUAUUUUCUUACUGUGCAUAUUUUGAGCCGUGCAAAAAAAAUUGUAAGCAGCUACUUCCCUUCACUGAAGAGGUUUUCGGUAGUACAAGCUUUACUUGUUAUGAAGGGAGCUUCAGUUGCCUGACCGGCUUUUAGGUCAGUCAUUUUAAAUACAGAAUUUCUAUUCAGAUUUGGAUGGUUUAUAUCUAAUGUAUGUUUCAUUUUUUUGGAAAGUUGCAUUUUUUAUAUAUAUGUGUACAUGUAUAUACACACAAAUAUAUAUGAAAUGGUAUAAUAUUUUGUUAUAUGUACUGAGUGAGUACAAUCAAAUUAUAAACUUUACCACGUGUUUCUGUGGUGGCUUUGUGAGACUGUCAAAAUUAGUUCAGAAUGGCACUUUUGCUACCGUUUUUAAAAUGAUUUAAAUACGUGUUUUAAAAGGAAAUCAAAUAUUUAUGGGGCAUACUGUGAAAUAGUAAGGCUAAAUAUUUUUUUUAAAUAUCUUUGCGUGAGAAUCUAUAUAAUGCUAAAUGAGAAUGUAUGUUUAUUGUUUGGAUUAGAGUUCACCAGUGUUUGUUCUACCAGGAGACAAAGCUGAAAUCUAAAACACGUUAAAAAUCUAUAUAAAUUGAUAUCUUUUGAGUUCACUAUUUACACUAAUUCCAUUAUUUUGUCUUGUACCAUUUUGAUUCCAUUACUGCCUUUGAUAAUGCUGACCGCAUAGUAGCAGCCUGAAUAUAAAAAAUAGUAAAUUUAUAUUGCAGAGCAAAACCCUGAAUUUAUUGUGCAUUGUAACACUUCACAUCCAUCAGAACUCCUCUUUGAUUGCCUGUAAUCUUAUUUUUAUUUAACAAUAUCACAUCCAGUUCACCUUGAUUAUUGUAGAUGCCUAGGUGCAAUAAUGUUAAUUAAGAUUACAUAUUUGCAUUUCUUACUGUGCACAUCAAAUUGGUGUUAAUUUUGUUUUUUAUUGAACAUGUUUAACUCAAUUUAAUUGAGAAGUAAGAUGAGCCAAUUACAGACAUUAAUUUUAUUUUAUUAAAUUAAUAUCCUACAGUG